AUGCACACGUACAGCGUGCCCAUCGUGAAGCAUGAUAUUCGUCACGAAGAAACGAUUCUCGAUGCCAUCAAUGCCUUUGAAUAUCUCAAUCAGGUUGUCGAAGAUGUGUUCGGAAAGAUCAACGCUCGAAUCGAGCGCAACCGGACACGGCUGGAAGCUAUCGAUGCUCGCGUGGACAAGGUGAACGCGGACGUCCGCAAGCUCCACGACACGAAGCAGGCAAUCAUCAUUUACUCUCCCAGCCGGUAUCCGGCAAGUGACAUGGACUCCACCGUCGAACCGACCUUCUCGCCCGGCAACGGCAUUCCCUUUCCGGAGUGCCACUUUCGGCUCAAAGAUAAACCCUACCUGCCGUCGCAUUCGCUGCAGGAAAAGAUACAGUUUUAUCACGUGAAGUCACCGCGCGAAAGUGAGCGCAUUUUCCCGUUUGAUUCGACACCCAAUCACGGUACGGGGCACUUGAGCGGACAUCCGUUGGGCCCUUUUCUAGAUACGCUUCUGCUCUUCAACGAACCUGCGUACGUGCGGGAAUACAAGGGCCAAGAUUGGAAGCGCGCGACGCGAAAGGACUCAUCCCAUGGGGGUGCGAUACGCGAGGAAAAGAUCGUAUCCUCGUCCUCGCCGAUCAUCCGCAGCCGGAUGAAGAAAAAAAGUCAGGACAUUUUCUACACGCCCUCGUUGAGCGAUGCACCGAAGCUGGAUGUUCCCGUGGACUUGCCCGAUCUGCCGGGCAUCGUGAGCAACAUCAAUUACGUCGGUAACAGCACACUGAUUGCACCGUCGCUUCAGCUAGCGGGCAUUAUCGAGCAGCUGCCUUCGCUCGAGGAUCUCACCAGCGCGAUCGAUGUGGCGGAUCAUUCCAAAGAAAAGGACGAAAGGAUUCAUUCGGCCUUACCGAAAGUGCCUCCUGUGGCUCGGAGUGAUGCAGCCGGCGUUUCACAGCCAAUGGCCGCGGUUCCGCCUCCUCCUCCGCCACCACCACCUCCGCCUCCUCCACCACUACCACCACCACAAUCUCAAGUUUCCACAGAUCUCGAGAAAUCGGCAGAGAAGGAUAUGGCCCCGAAUCCACCGGCUGCUGGCAGUACGGUCAAACAAAAGAGCGCCCCACCACCCACGGAAGGUGACGCGCAUUUCAAUCUUAUGGAGGCCAUCCGGCGAGCGGGAGGUGCUGGAAAAGCGAACCUUCGCCACAGUACACCCGCCGCAGGGACACGAGCAACCGGAACCCGUAGCGAUGCGUCAGAACCGAAGAGCUUGAUCGACGAUCUGCACAAUAAGCUGCAGAUGCGUCGCAAAGGGAUCUCGGGUACGCGCGAAGCUCAAGAACCAGGCAACGUGAUCGACAGACUGUCCGCGUUGAUCCCGCCGCCCGUGCCUAAGCUUGCCGCGGACGCAUCAGCUAGCGAAAGCAAUGAGGAAGACUGGGAGUAGACGU